GCGUUCGCGGAACAGACGGGUUCAUUUAGCGUCGGACAACCUAACGUCGUUUUCGCACAAAAGCGUGUGCCCGUGUGCGCUCUGGAGACACUUUCUGGUUCCCUUUUCUUUUGUUUUUUCGACGAUUGCUCACGAGCGCCGCUUUUCUUGCCGCGUGUGUUUGUGUGUGGGCGCGUGUGUCGUGCUGUGUGCGUGUGUUUGUGUGUGUGUGUGUAAAAACCACCGUGCAAGAAGGUGCUGCUGCUAUACGAACCGGAAAGGAGGAAAGCGUUUACCAGGCGUAUCACGAAAUCGGUUGUCGGUACGAUCGAUAGUGUAAAACAAAAUAUUUAGGCAAAUAAGUGUUACCCAGCCUCUGGUACCGAUGGUAGCAUUAUAUUGAUAAGAAAAAAAGUGUACAAAAGUUCGUACGUCAAGAAGGUGUGCAUCCAGCGGUUAAUACUCCCAUUGGCUCCCUCGUUGCCGUUUGUGAAGGUCGACCAAGCAACGCCCGGCGUAAAGAAGAACUUCCGCAACCGUUGUGCGUGUGUGUGUAGUAUAUCGUCGCUCUUCUCGUUCACCAACGUCAUCCACGCACGCAACAUUACGGCCUCAAGAUGAAUGUCGAGAUCACGCCAAAUUACUCGUACAUCUUUGACUUCGAGAAUGAGUUCAUCCAUCAGGACACGCGCGUAUGGAUGGUGAAGAACUGGACGUACGUGUUUUACUACUGUGGCAUCUAUAUGGCGGUGAUAUUUGGCGGCCAGUAUUAUAUGCAAAAUAGACCAAGAUUCGAACUGCGAGGGCUGCUAGCGAUAUGGAACACACUUCUGGCAAUGUUCAGCAUAAUGGGGGCCUGCCGGACAGCGCCCGAGCUGGUACACGUUCUGCGACAUUACGGUCUCUUCCAUUCCGUUUGCGUUCCAAGCUUUAUUGAACACGACCGUGUCAGUGGUUUCUGGACAUGGUUGUUCGUGCUUUCAAAGCUACCGGAACUGGGCGACACGGUGUUCAUCGUGCUGCGGAAGCAACCGCUCAUCUUCCUGCACUGGUACCACCACAUCACGGUGCUGAUGUACUCGUGGUUCUCCUACACCGAGUAUACCGCCUCCGCCCGGUGGUUCAUCGUGAUGAACUACUGCGUCCAUUCGGUCAUGUACUCCUACUACGCGCUGCGUGCCCUCAACUUUAAGCCACCGCGCUCGAUCGCGAUGCUUAUCACGACGCUGCAGCUUACGCAGAUGGUGGUUGGGUGUGCGAUCAACAUCUGGGCUCACGGUUUCCUGCAGACGGCCGGCAAAAACUCGUGCAACAUCUCCGAGAUGAACAUCAAGCUAUCGAUCGCGAUGUACUUUAGCUACUUUGUGCUGUUUGCUCGCUUCUUCUACAAGACCUACCUCUCGACGAAUGCGCGCAAGGGCAAGCGACCGAUCCAGGUGACCGCUUCGUCGACCGCCACCAACGGCCAGUACAUCGAUAGCCGCAACCUGACGGGCAAAUCGGACGUCCAGUCGCUGCUUGCCGGACAGACUAACAACAAGAUUAAGGCACAGUAAGCGCCACGCCCCGGCGUACGGACGAGAACCGACCCGUCUCCAAACACUUCUUCUCUAUCGCAUCGAAGCGGACCAAAAACCUUUUGGUCUUCUGCCGACUGCGCUUCGGUAGCCUGUAUGAUGCAGCCCGAUGGUGGUGUAGUGGCAUUGCAAUAUUUUUUUUUAUAUUUUCCUGCAUUCCGUUUCAAACUGGCUUAACGGUGGUGAGGAUGUAGACCGAUCUGGAGCACAAUUCCACUGGCACAUCAUGUGCGUGUAUGUUGUGCCAUUACUCAGGUGACAAGAUUCCUGCCACUGUGAUGAACCAGCUAGGGGAAAAAAAAGAAACAAACACAGAAACCUUGGUGGUCGCAAAGCUGCCACCGUGUGUUGCUACUAUUACCGCAACUGCUGCUGCAACUACUGCUACUACUACUACCGAGCGCUAUAAUUUAUCACCCUUUAAUCGCCUGCAAAAAUCUUAUAACAAACGCCAUCUUGUUUGAUGAUAAGCAGGCGCCAGGGGGGGGCAAAAGCACACAUAAAACGAUAAUGUUAUUUCCAAAAAGUGUAAAACAUUACUUGCUUGAAGGAAAAAAAAAACCAAAAUAGGAUAAAAACUUUAGCAUUCCUGGUAAAAAGAAAGUGAAGAAGUGGAGAACGACAGUGAACAAACGUUAGGUGCAAAUUAUACUACUGGAGGCGGUUUAGUUAAGUUUAGUUGGUUUGUUUUUUUUUUCUUCUGUUUUUUGUUUUGCACACUAAAACAUCAUAUUGCUAAGGAGAGGAGAAAAAAAACCAUAAACACACAAAAAAGUCAAUGAUGGGAAGUGGCAAAAGCAAUACUUCUCCGGCAAACAGAAUCCUUAAAAACUGAAACAAAUGUUAUAGAGCAGAGGAGAAUGAAAGAGACAUAAAAACUGACGAUGAUUUAAGGACGAACCGCUAUUAUGCUAUCACUUCUAACUUACGAGUGACGACUUUUUUUUUCUUUCUACUUCUUUAGAGAGCAGAAACUGUACGAAAGUUACUUGCAACACCAUUGGUGCACGCUUAAUUUGUGUGUCGUCCUGUGUGUUUUAUUAUUUUUUUUUCGGGGGCUGGAACGGGGUGGGAUUGCUUGUGUUUAGCGUUUAGUGUGUACAUCUAAUAUGGUAGCUAACCUUUACACUAUUGUGUUUAUAUAAAUAUAUGAGUUUCCUUGUUUGUUUUUGUUUCUUCUCUGUUGUAUCAUUUCCGGAAGAUAAUUGUAUGUAUUGGAUAAAUUUUGUAGAAGUUGUGUAAAGGAAAUGUGGAAACGAAAGCGAAAGGUGUGAGCGAUCAGUAAGUAGUAAGUAGGGCAGGAGAUGUAACGUUUAAGUAGAGGCGUUUAUGUUCCCCUUCCGUUUUCCUUUUUGCAGCCUGUCACAGUCGGAAUGUGUAAUACUAUCUUUUACAUAUAGAAUUAUGUAAGCGAGAGGAAAAGAGUGGUACGAUCGUGACAGGUUGAUCGGAUGAAAGUGAUCGAACAAAGUAAAAUAAAAAGAAACUCUCUUCCCCUUUUGUUAGGUGAAUGGGCGCGGGUUAAGAUGUGAAUGAAGCCUCCAAAUCAGGAAUGCUAGCGAUUUAGAGUUUUGGGUUGUGGGAUCGCCCACCCGCCGUACCCCAUGCUUAGAGAGAGAGAGAGAGAGAGAGAGAGAGACAAGAGAGAAGCAGGCAGGCAGGCUAAUUUACCGACAUGGCUAAUGAAUUAGUUGUAUCGCGAGUGCUCGGUGUAAACACGGCACGUGAGAAUGGGAGAAAAACAAGAGAGAAAGAACAAAGAAGAGUACCGAAACAAAACAAAACGAACAACAGAAACAAAACAUCUGCGCAAAGACUGUUUUCGAACUUAUUUAUAAUAAUAAUAAACCACACAACAACAACAAAAAAAAUCGCAACGUAAAACUUGAACUUGAUUGCCUAUUGCGUACAGUGAUUUAACUGAAAUGAACAGCAAGAAAUGUGUAAAAAAAAGAAUAACGAAAAUAUCCCAAAAAGGAAUACAACCACACGGAGAUUCGUAGCAUUUAAAACGAUGAACUUCUUCCUGCUAGUCACAAAACCACACAUCAUUCCAUUGGCAAACAAAAACAAACAAAAAAAAAAACGGUUGAUCGAAAAUAAAUGAAACAAAAUACAAUAAAGCAAAAAAAAACACAUACACACACACAACAUGUAUAGAAAAAGAACUGCGAACGAGAAAAACAAAAACCUUCUGCCUAUCACAGAAAAGCUCUGCUCAAUUCACAGCAUCCAUUUUGUCCUCCCGCUUGUUGCUGUAUGGUGAAGGUUUGUUAAAACGGUUCGAAAGUGGUUUACUCUGCUUGUGUCAGCUACAGAUGAGGGAUGAUGAGAUGUUUUCUCUACUGAAAUCGUUUACUAAAAUAAUAAGUGGGAUGGAGAAUGAGAAUCAUAAAAGCAUGCUCACAAACACAAACACACACCCAGAAUGUGAUGUAAAUAAUUUAUUUAAAGUUUAUCCACAAAACAGCGCCGGAUAAUGAUCACAUCGCUCCGUUACAUUCUUUGCUAGAGUUGAUAUGAAAUUAAGCCACUGAAAUGUAAACAUUGAUUGUGAAUCAUCCUAGAAGAGAGGAGUGUCUGCGUGUGUAUUAAAACGUAUAGUAUCCUGUAAAUAUUGCUUCACUUUGGCCGGCUCCUAGCAUAUACAUACAUACAUAUAAGCGGGCAAGGAGAGCGCCCACGAUGGGCGUGCAUUUAACACAGUUCGAUAAACAAUGUUUAUCUCGUUUCCUGGUAGGUUUUUCGUGGGUUUCGUUUUCUACUUUAAAUUCUUGUUCGCGCAAAGCAUACGUUAAAUGGGCAUGCAGUUUAGGUGUAUAAAGAUAUAAAAUUAAGCAAUUUUCACGCCGCAUUAGCAUCGAUGUGUGUGCAUGCGCUCGGCAGAUUUAAAUGUGUUUUAACGCCAAUGGAGCGCGCAGUUCAGAAGUAUUUCUUUCUUUCCCUAAUUAAUUCAUGUUAAAUGAUGCAUUCUCAGCAAUACCCCCAUGCGUUUGUGUGUGUUGUUGCCACUCAUAAAGCUCACUCCAUCUUUGAUUGGCCAACAUAAGCAUAACACUCAGUUCAGCUUUUCAAUCGUGUGACGGUUAUUAAAACCUGAAUGCGAGUUAAAACGUUCACGUUGAGAUUUAGUCUGGCAAAACAACAACCCUAGACACUUAAUGUGAAGUAAAACGCUUCUCGUCCAUUCCAGAAGUAUAUUGUAAAAUUAUAAAAAAUGAAAAGAAAAUGAAGAUAAAUCACAGCAAGAAGAUAAUGAGAAAAUAGAUACAAACAAUUGGUUGCGUUCGUGCUUUGAACUAACCAAAACAGUAUGAUGAAAACAAAGGAACAGAAAUUAACACAAAACAAUGUAACGGAAAACAACAACAAAACACAAAUGUUAACAAAAUGACACGGUAUAUAGGUACAGAUGUGUGUGCGUGUGUGUCUGGACUAAACUAACUAAAACAACAAGAACAAAACAAAAGAGGAAAAUAAAACAGUAACAAAUAGCAGAUAAUGUUGUAUAAAAGUAAGUCAAGAAAUCAGUAUAAACAAAGAAAACAAAGCAAUGAACAAAGUAUGGGAAGAACAUAAAACCUAUUUUAUUAUUGUUCUUCGCCAACAGUGUAAUGGAUCGCAAUCGAAUUAUAAGCAGAAGAUUUAUUCAUCCGCUUUACUUUGUUUUGUUAGUUGUUUGUAUAUCCUUUACAUUUUCGAAAGAUAAAAAGAAAAGCAUAAGAAAUCUGAAAUGGAAACAUUUCAAAACAACAAACCCAAGUACGUACAUGGUAACAGUUUACACCAAGGUGUACCAAAAAACAACACAGAAAGUUAUAAAAAGUAACAAAAUAAAUACAAAAACAAAACACAAAAAUAGUAUGAACACACAGAG